UGCGUUAUGGGAAAAGGAAGACUCGGGACGGUCGCCAUAUUGUUUAGUUCCGCAACCAAAAAUACGUUCUCUGAUUAUAUGAGCUUUUAUGACAGGAAUAACACGACUUACGCUCAAACAAACUGCAUAAACCCGUUUCCUAGAGCACUGUAUCGAUAAAUACAUCCAGUACUUUCGCUCCGUUUAAAUCAGCGUGCAGAAUAUGGGUCGCUCCCGGAGCCGCAGCACGUCUCGGACCAAACACUCGAAACACAGCCGCAAGAGGAGCCGAUCUAGAUCCAAAUCCAGCAAAAAAAGAAGCCGAUCGAAAGAGCCGAAGAGGAGCAAACGUUCCCGGUCUAGAUCUAGCAGCAGGAGGGACAGAGCCUCUUCACCACCGGACCGGACCGACAUCUUCGGCCGGACAUUAAGCAAGAGAAGCAACGAUGAAAAACAAAAAAGAGAAGACGAGGAGAGGAAAGUAGAGAUGGAAAGACAGAGGAAGAUCCGCCAGCAGGAGAUUGAGGAGCGUCUGAUUGAGGAGGAGACAGCGCGACGUGUGGAGGAGCUGGUGGCGCGACGCGUAGAGGAGGAACUUGAGAAACGUCGCGAUGAGAUUGAGCGAGAAGUCCUCCGGCGAGUAGAGGAGGCCAAGCGCAUCAUGGAGGCGCAGCUUUUACAGGAGCUAGAGAGACAGAGGCAUGCCGAGCUGAACGCCCAAAAAGCUAGAGAGGAGGAAGAAAAAUCCAAACGAGAGGAACUGGAAAGAAUUUUGGAGGAAAACAACAGAAAGAUUGCUGAAGCACAAGCUAAGCUGGCUGAGGAUCAGCUACGUAUAGUAGAAGAACAAAGAAAGAUCCACGAGGAACGAAUGAAGCUUGAGCAGGAUAGGCAGAGGCAGCAGAAAGAGGAGCAGAAAAUAAUAUUGGGGAAGGGCAAGUCCCGACCUCGCCUCUCCUUCACUCUCAAAGCUGCAGAAUGAUCUCUCUUCCUUUUUGUCCUGUCCUCACUUCCCUCCUCUCCUUGUUGGAUGUGUGCUUCAUGUUGAAGUGAAUCGGUUGGAGUCUCAAAGAGAGAUCUGCUUUGUCCACACAAACUGCUCUCUCGUAAACCUGAGGAAGAGAAACUACUUAAGUCCUCACGCUUCAAAACCGGACUUGCUGGCACCAACACAGACUUUGCAGAUCAGCUGCCAUAUUUUGCUUUUUAUCAAUGUGGUAUAUUGAUAUUUGGCGCUGGUUGCAUCUUCUUUAGAAACUGCUUUAUUUUUAAUGACAAGCAAAUAAGAAUGAUUAAGUGUAAAUAUAUGAGCGUGUGUGGUUGGUCAUUGUAUGGCAGUGGCUUGGGAGCUGUUUAGGAGGUUUUUGUUAGCAUCAAAUUUUGUGCUUAUACAUGAUUUUUUUUUCUCAAUUGCAUUUUAGAUUACAGAUUUAACAAACCUAGUCCUUGAAGAGCUCCUAAACUGCUGCUUAACUAACACAUUGUUCACAAUCUAACAUGAUAUGAGCUGUGUUUUUAGCACUGUAGCCUGGAUCACAUUUAUUGUUUUUGAUACACCUCACUCAGUGCUCCUAAGAAAGUAGUAUGUGUGGACAACACUUCCUUAGCAUUCUCAGUAUAAACAUUUAGGUAAAUACAGCGUGCAAGUCUUGUAAUGUCUAGUGCUCUGUUGGUACCUUAAGGAAAUCGGGAAUCACAGGUAAGACUAGUUUAGGGUGUGUGUGCAAGUGAGCUUGUGUGGUUGUAUGAGAGUAUGCUAGGUUUUGUGGUUAAUUACCCCUCUGCUUGUGAAGUAGGACAUUGAUAUGUUCAUCAAUAAAUGCCAUGAAUGCAUCAUC